ACACAGUGAAGAGUGUGAGAUUCUUUUUUUUUUUUCCAACUCCGCGUCGAGAAAAAGCUGUCAAAUUCAACAUUCUCUCUCGUGUUUAGCUUCCGAGAACGAGAAUCCGGUGGGAGAGAUCAGAGGGAGAAUCGUCGGCGAUCUUGAGCUCUCUAAAAAAACAGAAGCAAUGAUUGGGUUGUUUAAAGUAAAGGAGAAGCAAAGAGAACAAGCUCAGAAUGCUAGCAGAGGCGGAGGAGCUUCUGUCAAGAAGCAAUCUGCUGGUGAACUUCGUCUUCACAAAGAUAUAUCAGAGUUGAAUCUUCCAAGCUCGUGUACGAUAUCAUUUCCUAAUGGCAAAGAUGAUUUGAUGAACUUUGAAGUCUCCAUUAAACCUGAUGAUGGUUACUACCACAAUGGUACAUUUGUUUUCACGUUCCAAGUGUCUCCUGUGUAUCCUCACGAAGCUCCUAAAGUUAAAUGCAAAACCAAGGUUUAUCAUCCCAAUAUCGAUUUGGAAGGAAACGUCUGCCUCAACAUCUUGCGUGAAGACUGGAAACCUGUUCUUAACAUCAACACUGUUAUCUAUGGACUCUUCCAUCUUUUCACGGAACCCAACUCUGAAGAUCCUUUGAACCAUGACGCAGCACAAGUUUUAAGGGAUAACCCAAAGCUGUUUGAGACCAAUGUCCGUAGAGCCAUGACUGGUGGCUAUGUUGGUCAGACCUUUUUCCCGCGCUGCAUCUAACAAAAGCUCUGGUUCCUUCUUCUUAAAGCAAAAAGAUAAGAACUGGAACUACCCCACCCUUUAUCCGCCCUUGUAUCUCUUAUUCUCAGAGGACACACUUGCUUGUUUGUUUGCUUCUGUAAUAUCACAUUCUGCUUAAGCUCUGAGAGUUCGACAAAGGAAUUGUAUAACAUUCUGUUCUAUUUGAUUAGAUCUCGGUAUCAAUGUUUA